AUGCUGCUCGCUUUGCUGCGCACCCGCCUCCUGAGCCAGGCCCCGCUCGUGACCGCGAGGGGAUCUGUGCCUGCAGUGCGACACACUCACUCAUCAUCGAGCAGCACCGGCGGCAGUGCAAGCGACGACGAGCUCCAAGCUGCACGCAAGUGGCUCGCGGAGCUGCAUGCGGAGGCGAUCCCUCUUCAGAGCAUUGGCGAAUUGAGCUUUAGCAGAUCUUCCGGGCCCGGUGGUCAAAACUGUGCUCAAAGAGUCAAUUCCAAAGCCACCCUCAAAGUGCCGCUGGACACCCUUCUGCGCCAUGUGCCUGUCGCUCUCCACAGCGACAUCCGACGUUCGCGCUAUGUAGCUGCAAAAUCAAACACCUUCAUCGUCCAGGCCGACGAUAGUCGCAAGCAGAGCGACAAUGCACAGAGCUGCUACAAGCGUCUCUACCAGGCCAUUGCCGAGGCGGCACAGCGCGCUGUGCCUUCCGAGACGUCUGCGGAGCAGGCACGGCGUGUCAAACUUUUACAGCAGUUUGAUAACGAGCGCCGCUUGAAGCACAAGAAGCAGCAGAGCGCUAAGAAAACCUCGAGGCGAAGCCGGGGUGAUGAUUGA